GCAUGCAACUUCACACGGCCAGGGAUGCUCAGAGCCUUAUUCCAUGCCCUAACCCUAACCCUAACAACUCCCCUCCCCAAAUCUGGCGACCCCCCCACACACAUUAUUGCUGGCUCUCUCUCUCUCUCUGGACUACCACAACCGCGCGGGGGGGGGUCCCGAGCCCGCCUUCUACCCGGCGACCGUUAGAGAGCCCCCUCCUCGAGAGCUGGCCCGGGGCGGCCGUUGAAGAGACCCCGCAGGCUCCCCCUCGCUCCCCAAAACUCAGGCUUGAGGCCGGCGAGAAGAGGCGCAGAGCGAGAGAGCCGGGUUUUGCUUGGAAAAUGCCAUUACUUGAAAAACAGGAAAAUGGUGAGCAGGUGCUGGUGAAAAACGAGGCCUAUCUGCAGAUUUUAAAAAACAAAGAUCAGAGGAAGAGGCUUGUGCAUGAAAUCUGCACCUUUUUGGACAGCAGCCAGUCUGUUCAGGAGAUUGAUGCUCUAAGAACAGAAAACAGGAAGCUUAAGAAUGCGAACUCAAGGCUGCGUUAUAAAACAAAAGACUGGGCACUAAAGAAAGAAGAAUAUGAAAAUGAGAUUGAGAGACUUUCGGGCGAGAUAUCAAAUUACCUGAAUGUCACAAACUUCUGGUAUGAAGAAUCUGAGCUUCUCAACAGCCAAGAUAAAAGAAUGCUAAGUGAACCAAGAAAACAUGUCAGCACUCAGACAGAGCGCACUUUUGGACUGGAGAAGAGAACUGUUGAAACUCAGACUGGUGACGAUAGCUCAAGGUAUCAAACAGUAGGUCGUAGUAAUUCUUGAUCGGAACAAUGCAGUACAAAGCUACAUUGUUGAAGACUCAUUAUCACAGGAUGAGUUCGAAUAGCCGACGUCCAGUGUAAUAAUCACCUCUCAGAGUGUUGGAGAGCUUUUAUGUUGGACAUUUUACAUGUUAUUAAGCAUAUUAAAAUAUUUAUAUCUAUAUAACAAAUAAAGAUAUUUUCAUCCUA